AUAGUAUACAUGGAUAAUUUUGCCGAAUUCAUGGCGGCCUUGGGAUUCGUUAUUGGACAUGAAAUUUACCUGUUCGCAGGUAAUUACAGCGGGCAAUUGAUCGUGGACCACGCUAACGAGCUAUUUAACGCGAUAUACAAAUCGCUGUGGUACACAGCGCCUGUAUCGGUACAAAGACUGCUAUUGUUCAUGAUGCAAUGUAACAUGAAAGGUUCUAAAUUAAAUGCCAGCAAUGUAUUCGUCGCAUCGCUGGAGGGCUUCACCACGGUAAGGUUUGUCAAACCGCGCGGAACGUCCACCGACAUUCCAUUAAUCCCACGGGGUCGUUUGUUGUAGCUCUCGAGCAUGUCGAUGUCUUACUUCACGGUGAU